CGAAACGAAAAAACUCGAAUAGAUUUUCUGGUCACAGUCCUUGUGAAUUUUGAGCAGUUAAAUUCGUGCAUUAAAAAUGUUUUAAAAUUACUAAAAAUUAACAAACUAUAAUUAUUGAACUCGAAAAAACUUAAAAAAACUAAAAGCAAGUUUUGAAAUAAAUGUCUUGAAGGAGAAAAUGUGUUGAAAAUUAGUCCCACAACGGCAGAAUGAAAAAAUAAGUGGUGGCUGUGUGUGUGUAAAUGUGCAAAGCAGAACCAGAAGGUGGAAAUACGGCGUGAAUGAAGAAACGUAGAUAAACGGAAAGGACUAGAGUGGGGGCAGUGAAGUAGUUAGAAAGGCGAAGCAAGUGGAAGUAUAUUUUUUGUGUGCGUAGCUGUAGUCAUCGAAUUAUUGAAAACUGUCUGUUUAAUGCAAUGUAAGGUGGCGAGUUGGUUUGCUUGUAAAUUUCUGUAAACAGUUUGUGUAAAAUCGCUUUCACCAAGACCAUAAACGCUCUCGAUUAAAUUGUGUGGUAUUUUGUGAGUUGAGUGUUACCAUCAAAGUGUGGACGCAGUUAACAUAAUAUUGCGUAAACAGGCAGAUCAAGAACAAUUGAAUUGAGACUCUUAUUGGUUACGAGGAGCCAGCGCAGCCAUAGCUGUUGUGAAUACAUACGCCAACGUCGCCAUAGCCACGUACGUCUGUGGCGUGAGCACUGGCUUUAGGAUAACAAACCUAACCAUUCAAUGGUAUUGGAGACGGCCUGAUUUAAAGUAUAACUCGUGUCACUGCGUUGGACAGUAUUCCGCCCACCCUAACAAUCGUCGUGCGUUUUUAUAUUAGAUAAUUUCCUCGUACUGUCAUUGUUUCAAAAUUUAAUUUCGAUUCCAAGGCCAAUCAAGUUAAACCUAUAGCAUUUUAAUGGCACUUGUUGGCCCUACUCCCCUUUUGGUGCGAAAAAAUGAACAAUGAAAUCAGUGGUAAGACUCUUCUAUCUGUCACCGCAUCGAUCGCCGCCGCCAUCAUACCUGAUACACCUAUUGUGUCCAUAGCCGGUGCCACAUUAAGUGAAAUCACCACCACAACCACCUCAACAACCACAACACCAACGCCCACACCAACACCAACAUCCUUUAUACCAUCAACUAGAGCCAACAAAGACCAUAGUAUCGCCAAUUUGCCAAACAAUCCAAUGUCUGAUGCUGCUGCCACCAAGUCAGCAGGAGGCAACGGUACUACCACUGCCAACGCCGCUGCAACCAAUAUAACAACAUCGAAUGUGUCGGCAGAUGCAGGUGGUAUAGCCGGUAAAAGUACCACACUAGAGCACGCAACUAUUGUGAAUGUUGCCCAUGCUGGAAAAACAGAUGACGCUACUACAAAUACAACAAUCGACACAAAGAAAUCUGAUGUAUCUGAUUUAGAAGAACCCGAUUUAAAAAAGCUCCUCGAAGAGGCCUAUACAUAUAAGACGCCCAAAGAUAAAAAAGACAAAAGUGAGAUAUUUUUGGACUUGCUACAAAAAGUGGAGAAUGAAGAUCUGGGCAUAACAUCGACACGUUCAGAUAGUCAUCGUCAUCAUCCACACUCCCAGAACCGCCAUCAACAAAAACAGGGUGGCUCUCUGCAGGAUCUUUUACAGCUGCCAUCUGAUUAUCGACGCCAAAAUCACACAUCACGUCACAAGAAGAACUCGUCUGUAUCAUCCCGGCAGCGUGAAGGUGGUAGCUUGCCCAGUAAUGUCAAUGUUGCCAAUUGUUUACUAAACAGUUUUGAGCAGCAGGCUUCCGUUUACGCAGAUAAACGUGUUCGCCGUGCGUUUUUGUUAGGUGUCGAAACCGCUACGGUUGCUUUGAAUAAUAACAACACAUUGGUCGGUGUAGUUGGUGGUAAUAACGUUGUUAGUGGCCAAAGUACUAACUCCAGUGGUAGCGGUAGCACAAACUCAGCGAGUUUGUGUAGCAAGGAAAGUGGUAACAGUGUUGGUGCUAGUGUAACAAGCGUCAGUGGCGGCAGCGGAAGCAUGGCAACCACAGCAAGUGGCCAUAGUGUUGGUGGCACGAUGGCAACUGGCGCAGGUAUCGUUAACACCACUGUGAAAAACGCUAAUUCCAUUAGUUCUAGUGGUGAUUAUAUCAUUAAUAUUGGCGAUAUGAUGGAUAUACAACAACAGCAGCAAAUCCUGCCUUCGAAAGCACAAGAUGGAGGGCAGGGCUUGCCGUUUUACGAACGCGUGGAUAUUGAUAUGCGUAUACCGCGUCCAAACUUACAUCGUGGUGAGGGUGGUGAGUUCGCACCGUCACGUGCCCAUCAUUAUGUCGACGAAGUGAUUCGUUUUCAUCAAAUCGAUGGCGGAGAAGAUGGUAUGUGUGAGAGUGGUGAAGUGGCCAUUUCGGUUAACGCGCUUGGUAACACCCUGAAGUCAGCUGCUGCGUCCUGUUCCCUCCCGAUGCCGUUAGACGAACGUUACCGGUCCAUUAAAUCGGUGAUGGGCGAGAAGGGCGACGGUGCUGCCAGUUUAAAUGCGUCAGUAGCAACAAAGACUUCCGGAGCAAUAGCUCCAAAUAGUAUCAGUUCCAACAACAAUACAAACAACAUGGGCAGCGGAAGUGGCAGCAGCAGCAUUGGCAUAGGCAGUUAUACGAAAUCAAUGCCACUGGCGCGUCAAAUGGACGAAAAUGGCAAUGACUGCGAGCGCCAGCAGCACAGUAGCAGUAGCAGCAUUAUAGUUAAUGCAGGCCAAUCGCAGGCGAAGGCCAAAGCUAAGAAGAAGCCACAAAAGGACAAUACCAUACCCGUUGAUGUAGAGAAUGAGGCUGGUUACCGCGGUAAAGAUCCAGUAGAAGUGUUGGUAAAAUUUAUUGAGAGUACAGAAGAAGAUAACAAGCAAGGCGGAAGCGGCGGCAGUAACAAUAAAUUUGCUGAAAACAGCAAAAGAAAAGAACGCAAGAAGGAAAAGGUUAAGCAGAAUAAGAUGAAGAAGAGCAACUCACUGGAAGAGUUACGUAGUUGUGCCAAAAUCGAUGUUGGUGAGCUGAAACAAUCGGCCGCUACUACAGAAAGCAACAAUGUAACGAUGCGCAGCAAAGGCACAGGCGGUGGUAAGGGAGCUAAGAACAAUUCUGCCUCCACAGCGGAUAUAAAUAAGAAUUUUGACGGUAGCAGCAAAGAAGUGACUGGUACGGUCACAACUAGCGUUGGUAAACAGGCAGCUGUAGUAGUUGUAACAACAACAACAACAACGGCAACAACAGCGAAUAAUCGUAAAAGUGAACGACGAUCAUGGGGCACGGAGGAGCUUCAGUAUCUGGGCACAGAAGGCAGUGCGAGUGGUGCCGGCAGCAUCAGCGGCUCCAUUGCAAAUAGCAUUGAAGAAAAGGCCAAGGACAGAAAGGAAAAGAAAGGCAAGGAAAAAGAAAAGGAUAAAGAGCGCGACAUCGAUAGGGAGAAAGAUAAGGGAAGAGACAAAGAGAAAGAUAAAGAGAAAACUAAAGAUAGCGUGGAACAUGAUAAAUUAACAAAUAAUAAGGUGGACGGUAAUACGAAAUUGGAAAGACAUGAUAAAACCGAAAAAGUAGAGAAGACAGAUAAGUCAGAAAAAGCGGAGAAAUCUGAGAAAACAGAAAAGCUGGAGAAACGCAAAAAGUCCGAGAGCAUAUUGCAGUCGUCCACAACUCCAACAAAAUCCACGACUCUCACUGCCACAAAUUCGGAACGGCAAAAUAAUCAAACAGCCAAUACUCCGGUAUUCUCCGCAAUCGAUUUAUUAUCGAUGAAUACGCUAAUAUCCGAGACUGCCGAAUUCCACGUGGUCACAAAGAAAAGGAAGCCAAAGAAGCAGCGCGCUUCCAUCGACGAAACCCAUUUCACGCAGGGCGCGAAUUAUAAUAACAGCACCAGCCACAAUAACUACAAUUAUAACAACAACAACAACAAUAAUAGUAAUAACUCAGGCACACCAAUCGGGUUUUCACGUGCGCACAAUCUUGUUAUAAAUUCACAGAAAUUCGGAAAUAACAACAAUAACAAUUCGUCAACGUUUGGCAGCCAGCAACAGCAACAAUCUCGAUACAAAUACUACAACAAUAAUACCCAUGGACUUAACACUUAUGGUAACGGUGGUAGCAACAAUAGCAACAGUGAUGGUGGGCGCCUUGACUAUCACAACAACUAUAAUUCCAAUUAUAACAACAACUAUGCCAAUAGCAACAACAGCAAUCAUUCACAUCAACAAUGCGGCUAUCAACAGCAAAACCAAUACCACCACCACCAUCAUCAGCAGCAAAACCAGCAUCAGCAGCAACAACAGCAACAAAAUGUUAAUGCUCACAACGUUAGCGGCGCCUCCACAGACAAGUCACGUCGCAAGUCAACUUCCUCAGUGCCACCCUCGGAGAAAUCCGAUUCAAGUGAUCUCGAUUCGGUGCAUUCCUUGCCCAUAGAAUCAACAGCAGCAUCAGCUUCAAAGAGCAAACAACGUCAUAAACCUGCCUCAUCCACCACUACGACGCCCGAAACACCGAAGAGUACGACAAGCGGUGGAUCACCUGCAUCAGCGCCCAUUUCCUAUGCCCAUAUUGCCGCCGCAGCAGCAGUUGAUCGCUGGCCGAACCUGGAUGCAGCCAAUAACAACAAUAUAGUGACAAACGGCAGCGGUAGCGUGGGCGUCACCAAUUGUGCAUCAGAGCAGCCACAGCAGCACGUAACUAAUGCUGAAGUCAUACCCGCCUCUCAGUCGAACCCAAAUAACAUUUCCACCUCCGCAACAGCGGUUACUUCCUCAGCAACAAGUUCAGCGGCUAAACCGAGUAAGAGCAAGAAGCUCGCUAGUAAACCCGAUUUUCCCGAAUUAGUUGCCACCAAUGCGAUGAAUGCGACGAUUGCUGAUAUCAACAAGGCAACAACAACCCCUCAAACAGUGUCGGUGACCACCGGCACGCCGAAAAUAAUUUCGUAUUCUCAGAGUUUGGUUGCUGUUCCCACUCAACUAAAUACAGCGGUGAACGUUGUAAGCACUGCUAGUGGCGAAAAAACAGCCGGUACAGCAGUCGAAGCCGUCAAUUUGUCUCUUAGUGUUUUAGCCAGUAACACCGUCCCAGAUGUCAGCAAAGUUGACACCAUCAGUGGCAGCACAACACGUUUGUCACAUCAACCGAUGCAACACCAACAACAACAGCAGACUCUACAAAAAUCGAAAAGUGUCGAACAUGAAAGUUACAGUUUCAACAGCAGCAAUCUGGAUCAGCAAUAUCCCGCACUUGAAAAAACUGUGAAGCGCCACAGUGCCACGAACGUGUCGAUUUCACCACCCACUGCUGCCGGUAGCACUAAUGCUAUAGCAUUGGCAGCCACCGCAGCACCUCCGACAAAUGUUUCGAGCACGGCCAAGUUUAAUUUCGCAGCAGCUGCUAAGCAGCAAGCGAUCAAAGGCGGCGGUAUUGGAUCUCAGCCGAUUACCACGACGUCGUUAAAUACAACGGAACCGCCAGUUUCCGAGUUAGCGGCGCAAACACCCCAAGUUGCAGCAACAGCUACCUCAAGCACGAAUUAUUCAAUGACAACGCCAGCUCCAACAUCGGCAGUUUCAUCUACGAAUGCAGCAAUAGCCGGAGCAGCAAUAUCUGUGGCAUCAUCAGGAGCUACAACGACGCGCAAGGUAAAGGAAAAAUCACCAACUGCUGUGUAUAUGCCAACAACGACCAACACGAGUGCAGUAGCACAGCCUACCACAUCAAAUAUAUCACCCAAUGUCUCUGAUGCUGGUGCUAUCAAUACAGCGCGGAAGAGCAAGAAAGAGAAGGCGCAUCAAAUGUUGGCCUCAGAAGUAGCCAUGGGCUUAGUAGCAACUAUUGAGCCACAUGGUCAUGUUGCCCAAAAAUCGAGUACUGCCACCCAGACACAAUCGACAUCCAUGGAUGUAGUGGUAAUGGCCAUCAAACCUACACGUUCACCAGUUUUCGUUGCCGGCGGCGAAACUGGUGUGCCUUCACAUACAUUGGGCAAAACUCAAAGACAGCAUAUGAGCAACUCCAGCGGCAGCUACAAAAACAAUACUGCGUCUGGCGUAACUGCAACAAGCCAAAAUGCCACCACAGCUACUGUGGGUGGAUCCAUCAGUAUUAGCAGUGCUAGUAACCGGCCCGCAGUUAUUAUUUUGAACGAUGAUCGCUCCGGCGAUAGUAGUAUUGAGUUUACAUUCGGUGAUUUUAACGAGGACGAACUUAAGUUCUUUGAUGAAAGCAUCGCUGAGGGCGUAGAUGAGUUUGCUGCUGGUUAUAACGAUGAGCCGACGCAGAAGCAGUCACAUCAACAGGAGGUGACUUCUGAGGUAAAAGUGGCCCCUAAAACAAUAUGCGCAGCUACGUCAACAGCAAGUUUCAUUGAUUCUGAUAUAGCAUCAGAUAUGUUACCUGGCGCCAAAGCAGCACCAGCCAAGCAAUCGUUUGUCGAUCUUGAGAAUUCUAAUCAGAUAUCGGCGAUCACUGCGAUUACAACUAAAGAAAGUGGCAAUAAAUUGAAAGCUGGUGCGGCUUCGGAAAGUGGUGCCAGCAACAAUAGUGUCAUUGCGUCCCUCGGUGCGCAAAACAGUGGGAACAACUGUAGUAAUGUCGGCAAAUCGUCUGCAGCGCAAACCGCUGAUUCUGAACAGGCGGAGCCGCUAGAGAAACAACAGUUGCUGCAAAGGAGAAGCAGUGAAACGCCACAAUUACAGCAACUUGAAACUUGCAAUGACAUUGAGACCGCAAUUUUGGCUGCGGCGCGUGCAGCGGCCGAGCAGCAGCAUCAACAGCCAAUGCAACCACCGCCACCGCCAUCGCAACAACAACAGCGCUCAUAUCGCCAUAAACACCAACAUCAGCAACAACAAUACAGAAGUACAUCUUACGGAAAUGCCUACGACCCACCACCACAUCGUGAACAUCGAUCACAAUCCGCGUACACAAGAGACACGCCAAAUCAUUACCAGCCACAACAACACCAUUAUCAUAAUCAAUACCAUCAACAAUCACAACAACAGCAGCAGCACUAUCAUUAUCAUCAAAGUGGCAGCAGCAACAGUGCCUCGCGCAGUCGUAGUAGCAGCAGCAACAACAAUAACAAUUCAUAUGACGCAUUGGGUAGCACACCGCCGCCACAAUCUCCAAAUCCAUCACCAUCGGUUGUGGUGAAUAUUCAACGCAAAGAAUUUGACAUACAUUUCAUACCGCCAAUAAUGUCGAACGCAUACAGCGCAUUGCAACACAAUGAGAUCAUUGUAGAUUUCAUUGGCUCCGCAUGGGAGGAAGUCGCCAAAGUGACGAAAUUCUACGAAGGACAAUAAAGCGCCGCCCUGGCAGCAAAACAAACAAAACAUCAAAAAGAGCAACAACAAUUGAUUGCGGCCAACAGUGCAGCAGUACAAUACCGCAAGGUUCAAGAGAAACGCUACCAAGAGCACCGGCCAAAGUACCAUACAAAAUCAAGAAGUCUCACACAGCCUUAAGCACAAAUUGCCACAGCCAUUGGAACCAUUUUUGCAGCUACAGCGCUCCUACACUAGAGUGGAGUAGGAACGACUGUUAGCAUCGCGCUCUAACCAUAGAGGAAUAGUGAAAAAUAGUUGCUGGGUUGUGGCAGUUAGUGCUACCUUUUGCUGUCAUGUAUAGCGGCGGCUGUCCAUUAAUGUGUGAAUACAUUUUGUGUUUGGGUGGGUGGUAGCGCUAUGUUGAACUUAGCACCGCUCAACCGCGUCUUUAGUAUAGAAGAGAGGCGUCGGCUGGCGGUGCGUUGUCAAAUAAUCUACUUGUACGUAUAGUUGCUUAUUUAAAUUAUGUAAUUAUAAGUGUUUAAUUAUAUUAUAAAAGGAACUGCAAAAAGCGUAAUCACGAAAAAGCAAAAACACAGAAAAAAAAAGCGAGAAACAAAGCAUUAACAUUAACUGUAGUAUACAAGAAUAUAUAUAUAUAUAUAUAUGGAAAGGAUAAUAGACACUACACACUAAUCUAUGUAUGGAAUGCAAAGAACCCCAAAAAUAUAUGUAUAUGUAUGGCCUAUUGUCUGUACUUGCUUUACGUGCUUUUUUCGUCUUCUAACCCGCAAUUACGCUGAAUCUUUUACAACUACUAUUAAUACUAUUAAUUUAAUUAGAAAUUAGUGAAAACGAAUACGAAUUCGAAGCAAGGAGAGCGAGAGAGAAAGAGAGAGACAAUGAGAAAUUGAGCGCAAAACAAUAAAAUUAAAAAACAAAUGAAAGCAACUGUAUGAAGUAUGUAUGUAUGGAAAAUACACAUAGCUAAAAGUAGCCGUAAAAUCAAACUAAAUGAAGUUUGAAAAACUAUGCAAAUAUUAAUAAAAAUCAAAAAAAAUAAAAAUCAAUUAUUGAAUUCCAUACACAAAUCCUUUUAUAUGUAUGUAAAAAAACCAUUAUGGCAAUGAAAAAAUCAGAAAGCAUUGUGAAAAAGCUAAGCACAAAAAAAAUGUACUAAAUAAAUCAUUGCGGAGAUUAGGCGAAAGGAGGUUGGUAAAAAAGAGUGCGAAUGAUAGGACGUGCGGCAUUUACGCAAUCGCGAUUGAAACUGUAAUUGGCGGCUUGCUUGGAUUUGACUGGAUGUGCUCUCUCAAAGAAGCUGUAAAAAAACAUUUAAGUUAUUUACAUAUAUAUGAUCUAAAUGUACUUUAUUUAGUGUAUAUAUUAAUUUAACAUUUGUGCUGCCGUUACAAUGCCAACUGUGCUCUCAGAAUAUGCACCCAGAAACGUAUAUAUUGGUUUAAUAAACUAAGAAAUAACGCUUAAAUAGAAGUUUUGGGCUGUUAAACAUUGAACAAGCCCGAAUGCAGCAAGGCGUCAUGAGCAAGUGAGAUUAUUCACUUGUGGGCAAACAAGGCGGCAGCGCAAACAAACAAUUCAAACAAAAAGUAAACUAAUAAGUAGAAUAGCAAAGUAACUGGACUGGUUAAAUAGUGCAUAAACACACACGCGGAAAAAAUAAAUAAAAGAGAAAAAACAUGCCUCACCUGGUCAACAAUAUUCACAAUCACACACGCCGCUCACAUUAAACAAAAACAAAAAAUAUAUUUAAAUGCAUAACAACGGCAAGAAGUCACGCGAUAUUAAAGCUUAUUUAUUACUAACUAAACCCUGAAAAAAAAACCAACCAAAAUUCAAGACGAAAAAACACGAGUAAUGAAUUAACCUCCACAUAUGUAUGUAAAUACUUUGUAAGUAUUUUAAGGUUAUUUAAAUUAAAAGAAGAAAAAAAACACAGCUUAGCGAGCAACGGCUACGUUAAGCUCUAAUGCGUGUUGAAAUACGAACGGAUAAAAUUGAUUAAAACUGAACUUUUUUUUUGAAAGCGUUAAUUGAAAUGAGCUUAUUUAUAGCGCUUGCAUACUAUGCAUUAAUAAAAUUUAGUAAUAAUGGCGAAAACUAUAGUGUUGAAUAUUUUUAUUUUCAUUCAUUUAUUUAAUUAACGGCAUUAAUUUUUCGUUCGUAAACUGCGUAUUUUUUUUAUCUAUUUUCGAUCUAAUUAAAUACAAAAAAAGAAUUGAUAUCAUUUGUAGAAAAGCGUGAUUGCAUUUUUUCUAAAAAUAGAUUAAAUCAGGAAAGUCUAUUUGGUAGGCAGAGUUAAACUUUCAUUGAAAAAUUGGCUCCUUGUCGAUUAAAAACAAAUUAUGUGAAAUCCAGCGCCUAGUGAGCGUUUCGAAGCUUAUGCUAUAAAGCGUUUGCGUUCGCAUAGCGAGUACCAUCGCUUCCAUAUGACCAUAUCGCAUGACUUGGCCACUUGUUCAAAGGAUUUUUGUUGCACCAAAUAAAUGUAUGACUUAAGCGUUUGCAAAUUCGCAUGUAUAGCACCGCUUGGAACGCUACUAAGCUCGAAGAAUGCAAUCAUUGCAUAACACAUACAUACUUAUUGUACAUUUCUGUAGACUUUUGACAAAACAACUUAAUUAGAGUAAUCACUCUUUAGCGCGCAAGCAUUAAAUUGCAUAGUUCUAAUGCAAUAUUUAAACCAUUCAUAUCUGUAGCUUAAGAAUCUAUCCUAAUAAAUGUUUAUAAGAAAUGCUAAAUAUCGGGAUUUAUAGAACUAAAAGUAAGAGUAGCUAAAGUUAAAGAAGUUGUUUUAUCAGAACUCCACGGAUUCCACUAAUUUAGUUAAUAGAUAGUGUUUACUUAAAUUGCUAAAAAAACUAUAAAACUGUAUUUAUGUUUACGCCGUAAAAAUACAUUUUUUUCUGCUGUGUGAUGUAAUUUAUAUUUCAAAUCUCUUAGCAGUUGUAGCAAUUGUAUUGAAUAUUUAUACCACAUGAACUUAUCCUUCACUUCUUGCUAAUGUAUAGAAAAUGUUUUGAAGAAAAAUUAGCUACUUUAUUGCAAUUCACUUAAAUGGAUUAAUAUGUAUAUUGUACGAAGCAUGCAGACACAUAAUAAAUGCGUAUCAAAAGGAAUUACGAUUACACAAA